AAAUGGGGAUUUCCCCCGCCAUUUCAAACAUCCACCAUUGCACUUCCUCAUAUACUAACGCACUUAUCAUUAACACCAAUUUUCAAACAAACUAGCAAAUUAUUCACUAGCCAUCUUGGAGAUUGCCCUAAUUCCUCCCUCCAUUCAAUUAUGUUUCCAAUUUUCCAAGCAGAUCCUGCAAGCCAAGAGCUAUCAUACAUUCACAAACAUUUGGAUCAUCAAGCUUAGGAUGCUCUUAGAUCCUUGCACAUUUCAUAUGUAGAAAAAGGGAUAUUCCCUCAUUUCUUUGUUUGUAUGUACCUGAGAUGUAUUUGAUAUACUAUCUUAUUUUGGUGCCCCAAUAACCAAGACCCAGCCUACCUUGACGUCUGAGCACUAGUGCUAAUAACUAAACCCUUAUCAGUCACUUUUCCUCUCUCUAUUAGCCUUCCACUUCUUGAUGCUGAUUUCACCUCGAAGAUAACCUCUUGACAACAACCUCAGCUUGUUCUACUUGCCAUCAUGGCGACCCUUACUACGACUUUGACUGAGUCGAUUGCGACCGUCACUUCGACGAUUGCAACUGCCGUCACUAAAGCCAGUAGUUCGGCCAGCCCUACUUCAACAACUCGCGCCACUCCUCAAGGCGGGAUUUUAGAGGGAGGCAAUCCUACAGUUUACAGUCCCUCAAAUCCCAUUGUUCUGUUCAUCAUCCAGGUAUGUCUCCUUUUCCUGAUGAUUUGCGCUUUCUGGGGCAGCGUCAUGGUGUAACGUGGGGUUGUUUUGAAGAGUGCCAUGCGGUUUAUGCAGGAUUUGAUCUGCAAGGUGCCAGAUUUGCACAGCAACGACACUCGGCCAACAGAAUCAUACUAUGCGCGACAGGAAUGGGUUUAGCUAAUCUGUGUUUAACACCAGGCCGGCAUCAUCAUCAUUUUUUGUCGUAUUCUUCAUUACCCGUUGUCUAAACUUCGACAACCUCGAGUUAUCGCAGAAGUAAUAGGUGGAAUCAUUUUAGGCCCUUCAGUCAUGAUGCGCAUUCCUGGGUUUCAAGAAACCAUUUUUCCUGUCGCCUCUAUGCCAGUUUUGAAUAUGGCCGCCAAUCUCGGAUUGAUACUCUUCCUUUUCCUGGUUGGUUUGGAAGUUAAUAUGCGGCUUUUUCUUGGUAACUGGAGAGUAGCUCUGAGUGUAGGACUUGCCGGAAUGAUUCUGCCAUUUGGCUUGGGUUGCGCCGUUGCUUGGGGCCUUUAUAAUGAAUUCCGCCAUGAUGCAGGGACUGUACCUAUAUCAUUCCCUGUCUACAUGCUAUUCGUUGGGACAGCUCUUGCGGUACGACAUCAAUUUCAAUUUCUUCAGACGUUUACUGACAUCCACGAUAGAUUACAGCUUUCCCUGUUCUCUGCAGAAUUCUUACGGAAUUGAAACUUCUCGCUACACCUGUCGGAGUUACAGUUCUCGCUGCUGGUGUCGGAAAUGAUGUGACAGGCUGGAUCCUUUUAGCCCUUUGCGUUGCACUGGUCAAUAACGGAUCGGGACUAGCAGCACUAUGGGUGUUGCUUGUUUGUGUUGGAUGGUGUCUUUUCUUGGUAUUCGCUGUUCGUCCAGUUUUUAGAUAUAUUCUUCGCCGUAACGGAAGUCUCGAAAACGGCCCCUCUCAGGGAAUGGUUGCUCUCACAAUAUUGCUUGUUUUGACGUCCUCUUGGUUUACUGCUGUCAUUGGAGUUCACGCUAUCUUUGGAGGUAAUGGCAAAUUUAUCUUGAAUAAUGUGGAUUUUACUAACUCUGUCUCAGCUUUUCUCGCUGGACUCAUAUGUCCUCAUGAAGGUGGUUUUGCUAUUCACAUCACGGAAAAGAUUGAAGAUCUCGUUGCGGUACUACUUCUUCCACUUUAUUUCGCAUUGUCUGGCUUGAGCACCAAUCUCGGCUUACUCAACGAUGGUAUCACAUGGGGUUAUGUCAUUGCAAUUAUUGUAGUCGCAUUUUCUGGCAAAAUUAUUGGGGGCACGCUUGCUGCUAAGGCUUGUAAGCUUGUUUGGCGUGAAAGUCUCAGUAUUGGAGUUUUGAUGAGUUGUAAAGGUCUCGUAGAAUUGAUUGUUCUUGUAAGUGGAAUUUUUACAAGGCGCCGACACAGUCCAUUGCUAACAUCUAUAGAACAUCGGUUUACAAGCGAAGAUUUUGUCUACGAGGACAUUCACUAUAUUUGUCGUGAUGGCACUUGUCACAACCGUUGCCACAACGCCAUUGACAACCGCGUUGUAUCCUCCCUGGUACCAGAAGAAACUUGAUGCCUGGAAAAAAGGAGAGAUAGACUGGGAUGGAAAUAGACUUCAUCCGGAGGGUGAGGAAUAUACCCCAGACCGCUCGUUGGAAAAGUUGGAAUCCACUCAAAUUCGACGACUCCUUGUUUAUCUUAGACUUGAUAGUCUUCCUAGCUUGUUCACCUUCAUCGCACUAUUAGGUGGGGAUAAUACUAGUACGAUUACCAAAGUACAUAGGUCGAAAGCCGAGUUAGAAACAGUGGAUGAGGAUGGACCACCUUCGUCAUCGAAUGAUUCCAAGAAACAACCACUUGAGGUUCAUGGUGUCCGGAUGCUAGAGCUUACCGACCGUACAUCUUCAGUCAUGGCCGAGGUGGAUGAAUACACCUAUCGUGAUCCCGUAGUCAACGCUUUCCGUACCUUUGCUCAGUUGAAUAACGUCGCUGUCUCCGGGGGAGUUUCCGUUGUUCCCGAAUCGGAUUACGCCGAAGCUUUGACCACACAAGCAUCAGAUCACUUUUCUGACCUAGUUCUCAUCCCUUGGACUGAACCUAGUACUCUACCGAUUAAUGAAGCCCAUCAUGAAUCAUUCUCUAGCGGCCUUCAGGAUAUUUUUAUCCAAAAGACGCUGGAGAUAGCUACUUGCAACAUUGCCAUUUUCAUCAAUCGUGGCUUUGGUGGACCAACUUUAAGAGAGCCCCGCAAUCUCUCAGCAAGUGCUAGUCGACUCAGUCUCCGCAGUAGUAGCCGUGCAGAAAGGAUUGCUCCCAUCGCGGAUCGUAGCCAUCAUGUUUACUUUCCAUUUUUCGGUGGUGCUGAUGACCGUGUCGCUCUCCGUUUCGUUCUCCAACUUGCGCAAAACAGUAAUAUCACAGCCACCAUUAUUCAUUUUAUCACUCCUAUUCACAAUCCAAAGACUCCUGAAGUUACGCAUAGCUCGCGCCCAGUUACUGCUUCCGGUUCGCAACAUGGUGGAAGUUCCGGCUCUGGGAUACGUAUUACCGAGCGGGUGGACACCGAGGAUCUUUACAAUGCUGCUGCGUCUGACACCUCCCUUUUACACACAUUACGAGACUCCUUACCUCAGGCAUUGGCUAAUAGAGUCGUCUUCGUUGAUGUCAAGACUACAACACCAUUAACCGAUUGUCUACAUCACGCAAAGGUGGAGAUGGGUCAAAGCCCUCGAAAUGCAGGAGACUUGAUUGUUACAGGUAGAGGCAAAACUUCCAUAAUCAAGGCUUUGAUUCAGGAAGAAAGUGCCAGUGGAGAGAGUGGAAAGGAAAUGAGGAAAACCAUAGGAGUUGUGGCGGAAUCAUUGGUUAAUAGUGGAGUUAGAGGGAGUGUUUUGGUUAUUCAAGCUGGAGGUUCCGGUUUGGAAAGCUGACAAGUUGAUGAAAGGGAUCAAGUAAUUCCCGAUGAUAUUCACGAUUUAUUUUAUGCGACGUUGAUUUAGCCGGAUAUACAAUUGGGAUUUAGGCGCAUAUGGAACUUCACUAUAGGAUGGGUUUAGUGUUUCUGGAAUACAAUACCUUGCGACGCGAUAUGGAAGGACAGUCCUGAUAGAUUUUUCAUCAUAUCUAGUUGGAAAUACAUAUAGUUGUUUAAUUUGACGAUUUUCACAGGGCUAUUUUAUGAUGGCGUUUUAUCGUGGUUUAGAUU